UGCUCACUCCCCAGCGGGGGCCCGGGGAACCUCCUAGCGGAGAGGCUCCCGCCCGCCCGGAGCAGCGGCCUCCGCAUGGAGGGACCGCUAGCUCCUCUAGCGGGGUCCGGGCCAGUCCUGCUGCCGCUACAGGGAGGCGAAGCCGCCGCUGUUCCGGAGCCCGGAGCCCGGCAACACCCGGGACAUGAGACGGCGGCGCAGCGGUACAGCGCCCGUCUGCUUCAGGCCGGCUACGAGCCCGAGAGCAUGGCGGACUACCUGAUCAGCGGCGGCACCGGCUACGUGCCCGAGGAUGGGCUCACCGCGCAGCAGCUCUUCGCCAACGCCGACGGCCUCACCUACAACGACUUCCUGAUUCUCCCAGGAUUCAUCGACUUCAUAGCUGAUGAGGUGGACCUGACUUCAGCCCUGACCCGGAAGAUCACCCUAAAGACACCGCUGAUCUCCUCCCCAAUGGACACUGUGACAGAAGCUGACAUGGCCAUUGCGAUGGCUCUGAUGGGUGGUAUUGGUUUCAUUCACUACAACUGCACCCCGGAGUUCCAGGCCAAUGAGGUGCGGAAGGUCAAGAAGUUUGAACAGGGCUUCAUCACGGACCCCGUAGUUCUAAGCCCCUCGCAUACUGUGGGCGAUGUGUUGGAGGCCAAGAUCCGGCAUGGCUUUUCUGGCAUCCCCAUCACCGAGACAGGCGCCAUGGGCAGCAAGCUGGUGGGCAUCGUAACCUCCCGGGACAUUGACUUCCUUGCCAAGAAGGACCACACCACCCUCCUCAGUGAGGUGAUGACUACGCGGAAUGAGCUGGUGGUGGCUCUGGCGGGUGUGACAUUGAAAGAGGCAAAUGAGAUCCUGCAGCGCAGCAAGAAAGGGAAGCUGCCCAUCGUCAAUGAUCGUGAUGAGCUAGUGGCCAUCAUUGCCCGUACUGACCUGAAGAAGAACAGGGAUUACCCUCUGGCCUCCAAGGAUGCCCACAAGCAGCUGCUGUGCGGGGCCGCCGUGGGCACCCGCGAGGAUGACAAAUACCGCCUGGACUUGCUCACCCAAGCAGGCGCCGAUGUGAUAGUACUGGACUCCUCCCAAGGGAACUCUGUGUAUCAGAUCGCCAUGGUGCACUACAUCAAGCAGAAGUACCCCCACCUCCAGGUGAUUGGGGGGAAUGUGGUGACGGCAGCUCAGGCCAAGAACCUGAUUGACGCUGGUGUGGAUGGGCUGCGUGUGGGCAUGGGCUGCGGUUCCAUCUGCAUCACCCAAGAAGUGAUGGCCUGUGGUCGGCCCCAGGGCACUGCUGUGUACAAGGUGGCUGAGUAUGCCCGGCGCUUUGGGGUGCCGGUCAUAGCUGAUGGUGGCAUCCAGACCGUGGGUCAUGUGGUCAAAGCCCUGGCCCUAGGAGCCUCCACAGUGAUGAUGGGCUCCCUGCUCGCUGCCACCACGGAGGCCCCUGGCGAGUACUUCUUCUCGGAUGGGGUGAGGCUCAAGAAGUACCGGGGCAUGGGCUCGUUGGAUGCCAUGGAGAAGAGCAGCAGCAGCCAGAAACGAUACUUCAGUGAGGGGGAUAAGGUGAAGAUCGCACAGGGUGUCUCAGGCUCCAUCCAGGACAAAGGCUCCAUUCAGAAGUUCGUGCCCUACCUCAUAGCAGGUAUCCAACAUGGCUGCCAGGAUAUUGGUGCCCGGAGCCUGUCGGUCCUGCGGUCCAUGAUGUACUCAGGAGAGCUCAAGUUUGAGAAGCGGACCAUGUCGGCUCAGAUCGAGGGUGGUGUCCAUGGCCUGCACUCCUAUACCUUUCUGCCGUUUACGAGAAGCGGCUGUACUGAGGAUGGUGGUGGAAGCCGGGGCAGUGGAGGGGGUGCACCCCAGGGUGCCCCUUUGAGCACAGCCUCCCUCCAUAACUGAGCGGUCCAUAGAUUUGCACUACGGAUUCCCCAGCUCCUUUCCAGGGAGAGAGGAGGGGAGCCUCUGAGGGUCUGUGGCCCCUCCUGGCCCUCCCCUGCAGAGUCAGGACUGGUCCUGGGGCUCGGCUGCCCUGGGAGCCCCCCGGGGCCCCCCCUCCUUCAGUCCCCCUGAGCCUAGCCAGCCUGGGCUCUCAGGCCCUGUGCCUGCCUCAGGUCUUUCUCGCUGCAGCCUGCUCCGGCCUGGCUCCCACCCCUGGGGCAGGUGGCCCCUCCUGGCUUCUGUAGGGCACCUCCCUCCCCAAACCCCACCCCAGAUAUGGUGCUCUCCUGGCCCUGCCUCUGGCCCCUUCCCUGGCUGCUGCCCCCUCAGCCACGUGGCACUUCUGGGCCCCUGACCUAGGCCAGAGGGAGGUCUCUGCCCCCUUCCCCUGGCCCUAGGCUCCCCGGGCCCUGCUCCUCAGGCCACUCCCCCUGUUCCUGGCCCUGGGGAGGAGGCUACCUGUCAUUCCUGGCUCCCCGCCACCCCCAGGUGUACCGUUCCUGCCCUCUCCUCUCAGCUGCAGUCAGAGGCUUUAACUUUGCACACUUUGGGGUCACAGUUGCGUCAUUGUAUAUUAAAUAACCUGAAUAAAUCAAGAGGUCUCAAUACCUCUGC